AAAACCCACAUACUAUACUAAGUUACAUCAAACAAAAACGGCAUGCUGUAAAAGUUAUAUAAGUGCAAUAAACCGUCACGGCUAAUACGAAAUAUAAUUGACCGGUGAAAUUAAUACUGUAUUGUACAUUUGCAUAAACAACCAUGUCAAAAUUGGCUUUCAUUUUCAUUUUAUUUGCGCUGUGUGCUAAUGCAGAAAAGAACAAGGAGCAAUCAGAGGACUUAAAAACACAUAAUGAUAACGUGAAAAGUAUUUUCGGUAGACUUUUGAAGUCGAUCGUUAAAAUAAAUGAACAAAGGUAUGACGCGAUGAAGAAAUUAACUAAGUUGCAGGACGGCAAUGUUGCAAUGGAUGUUCUGAGGAAGGGCAAGCAUGACUCGAAGGAAGGCCUUGGAUCCGUUAUGGCUUUAGUUGUUCUGGAUGAAGAAAAUCCCGAGAAACCAGAAGCAAAACGACUGUCCGCAGACAAAGCUGAUUCUUUCGACAAUUCGGACAUCAACAGUGGGGAAGAAAAAAUAAAAAACCAAGUCGACCAAGAAAAACAAAAUACGCUCAGAGUGUGGAAGAGUUGUCAAAAGAAGGCUGCCAAAGUAUGCAGGAAGGCAUGCACCGACGCAUACAAGACUACCUGCUCGGAAUACGCUUGUAAUAGAAAAAUGAAGAAAACAUUAAAAAAAGAAUGUAGGAUUGCGUGUAAAAAUAGAUUUCAUUAAUAUAGUUCAUUAUAAAAGCUAUAAGCUUUAUGCUCAGGAUCGGGCAACCAAAUGGAACUUUAGUCCGAAGUUGGGUUAAAACGGUAAUAUCUUCUAGGUAGUCCGCAUAAUUAAAAAUACAUACAAACACGCAUACUUCACUGGCAUACAAAAUCCACUGGAGGGAACUGAUCUCCACGCUAUAUCCUUGCUGCGCCCAUGAUUAUAGGUAUUUUUAAAACUACAAAAUAUUAAGGCUAUAGUACUAUUAUAACUUGUUUUUUAUGAAGAAUUACAUAUUUACGAAAAUUAA